UAAUAAAAUCAAAUGGUAAACCAUUUUAUACGUUAACUGGUUUGAAACCAAAUUCCCCGUAUAUGAUACAAAUAUUUACAUGGAAUGAUUCUAAUGAUCAUAAACAAAUAUUAUGUUCAGAAAUUAUUGAAACAAAUACUGAAAAUGGUUGUUUUUAUCGUAAUCGUUCAUAUGAAUUAAAUGAAAUCAUUUCAAAUGAUUGUGAACAAAUUUGUCAAUGUAGUAUUGAUAGUAUUGUUAAUUGUCGUAAACGUUGUGAAUCACCAUAUUUAUCCAUAAAUGAAGCAAAAAAAACUAAUCUUAAAUGUACAUUUGUAACAAUAAAUCAUAAUGAUUAUGAUGAUGAUAAAUGUUGUUUACAAUGUAUGAAUGUAGAUGGUGAUCAACAAAAUAACCAUUUAGCAUCAUCACAAGCAUCAUAUUUACUGGAACAUGAAUCACAAUCAACUGAAUUUGUUGGUAAACCUGGAAUUUGUCCAACAAUCAACAGCGAAUUGAAUUUGAUUAGUGAUGGUCAUAGUGAUAAUCAAACAACAUGUAUGAAUGAAUGUCAACAUGAUUAUCAUUGUACAGGUGUAAAUAAAUGUUGUAAAAAUUAUUGUGGUUUAUUAUCAUGUCAGAUGCCUAUAAAUUAUCAUCAACAACAACCGCAACCAAAACAACAUUCGACCAUCGUCAAAACUACCAAUAAUAAUGAUGAUGAUUGUCCACUAAAAUGUGACCCAAAUUCACAAUGUCGUUUCAUUGAAAAAGAAUCGGCUUAUCGAUGUAUUUGCCGUGACGAUUAUAACAACAACAACAAAAAAGAUGAUAAAAUGAAUGGUUGCCAUCACUUUGAUUAUAAUGAUGGUCAUGGUGAUGGUGAUGAUAAAAAUCAACGAAAACAUCAAUGCCAAUUUCAAAAUAAAACCUAUCAUAUUGGACAAACAUUUGAAUAUGAUUGUUCAAUAUGUCAAUGUUCGGAAGCAUUAGAAAUUGAAUGUAAACGUAAAUGUAUUGAUUAUCUUUCGGAACAAAAUAUACCGAAAAAUUGUCAUCUUAUCGAUGAUAUUUAUGAUCCAAUUUGUUGUAAAAAACAAAUUUGUCAUCAUUAUCAUUAUUCAUCGGCGGUGGAUGAUACGAAAAAUAUUUCCACUACAUGUCAUCAUUCAAAUCAAACAUAUAAUGUAAAUGAAACAUUCAAUAUUGGUUGUGAAUUAAAAUGUCUAUGUCAAACAAAUGGACAGAUUGAAUGUCAACCACGUUGUUUUGAUGAUAAUAAUAAUAAUGGUUAUCAUGAACAAUAUUGUCAUCUACGUCCAGAUCCAGAUGAUCCUGAUUGUUGUAAAAUAUCAAUUUGUGAUUAUAAUUCAACAAUUACCGAACCAAAACUUUUAAUCGAAAUGGCUGAAUCAAUAAAUUCAACUGCCAUUAAAUUUCGUUUGUUAUUGUUCAAUUUAAACAACAAUAAUGAUAAUGAUGAUGAUAAUUUAACCAUUAAUUAUGGACGAUUUAAUCAAACAAUCGAAUCCGAUAAUAUAACAUAUCAAAAUGAAAUUAUAACGAAAAAAAUGCAAACAAUUAUAACAAAUGAUUCGAAAGAAAUUUUACUUACAAAUUUACAACCAGAAACAGAUUAUUCAGUUUAUUUUCAAUUGAAAAAAUAUCAAAGUAAUACGGUUGUUGUACGAACAUUCCCGAAUGGUAUUGAUCAUACAUUUAAAGGUUGUUUUCAUGGUAGUGAUAUUAUACAAGUUGGUGAAAUAUUCUAUGAUGGUGAUUGUGAAUUUAAAUGUAUUUGUAAAGAAGGUGGUAUACGUGAUUGUAUUGAACGUUGUCCAAUAUUUGUUGAUUUGAUUGGUUUGGAAAAUUGUCAUAUGAUACAAUCACCGGAUGAUUCUUGUUGUACGAUACCAAUAUGUGAUGGUAAUAAUAAUGAACAACAACCAUCGAUACAAUCGAUACCGAAUGGAUGUUUAUCUGAAAAUGGUAAACAUUAUCAAAUCGGUGAUCAAUGGACUAAUGGUGAUGGUUGUAUGGAAAAAACCUGUACAUGCAUGUUUAAUAAAUUGAAUAAUACUACGGAAAUUAAAUGUAAAAAUCACCAUUGUCCAGAAAUAUUACCAUCAAUACUUAAACCAAACGAUGAUUGUCCAAGUCCAAAAUUAAUACAAACAAAUGAUCCAUGUGUUUGUCCUUAUGUUGUUUGUGAAAAUAAUAUUAAUCCACUGGAUAUGCCAAAUCUAACGAAUGUUUUGCUACCUACAAUCAAAAACAAUCAAAAUUAUUGUGAAUUUAAAGGUAAUAAAAUCGGAAUUGGUGAAGAAUUCUAUGAUAGUUGUCGUGCAAUUUGUUUAUGUAACAUUAAUCGUACACUUGAUUGUCAUCCGAUUCAAUGUGAACAUAAUAAUUUUGGUCCACAUACAACCAAAUGUUUGGAAUGGGAAAUUGAUCCAUUAUUCGUUCCACGGCCACCGAAUUGUUGUCCUGAACCGAAAUGUAAAAAUGAUGGUUCAUGUUCAUAUGCUGGUAUUCGUUUUCCAAAUUAUCAAACAAUACCACAAGAAUUAUUACCAUGUCAUAAACGUUGUAUAUGUGAUACGGGUAUGGUACGUUGUCGGAAUAUUUGUCCAGAUGUACCGGAUGAACCACCAUUAGGUUUACCAUGUCCAAAAUCAUUAACAUUUCGUGGUCAUUUACCCGGUGAUGAUUGUUGUAUUCAUUGGCAAUGUCGUGAACAAUAUAAUCAUGAUGAUAAAAUUUAUGGAAAAUGUUCAUAUAAUGAUAAAAUUUAUAAAUUGGGUGAAUAUUGGGAUGAUAAUCAAACCGAAAUACAUCGUCGUUGUCAAUGUAAAAUAACCAAUGGAAUUUUACAUGUUUUAUGUGAUCCUGGUUUAUGUCAACCAAUUACGGAAAGAUUUCUGGAACCAACUGCUGAAUGUCGUACGCCAACAGUUGUUACACCAAAAGAUGUUAUAAUGUGUCCAUAUGUUAUUUGUAAUAAUACCGGUAAAUAUGGUGAUGAUUUAGAUCAUUUGGAUAUUGUUGCUAUAAAUGCUACAUCAGUACGUAUUCGUUUUACAAUACCAUCCAUUUAUGUUGGUCUAUUGGGACAUGCUGAAGUACAUUAUACAACCGAUAUAAAUAUACCAAGAAAUAAAUGGAAUAUACAGAAAUUUGCCCGGCCAAAACGUUUAUUCGAUAUACCAAAUAUUGAAUAUCAUUUGGGUAAUCUACAACCGAAUACAAAUUAUUUUUUACAAAUUGAAAUUCUUAUUGAAUCAUUAAAAACUGGACCGAUAAGUGAAAUUUAUAAAAUUUUCUUACCACCAUUACCACGAUCAAUAUCAACAACAAUAAUGUCGACAACAACAACAACAAGUACAUUACCACCUGUAAUUAUGUUGGAUAUGAAUUUAACAGCAACAAUUAUUGAUCAUAAUUCAUUGAGAAUUGAAUGGCGACCAUUUACACCUCAGGAAAGAAAAUUUAUUGAUGGUUUACAGGUUCGAUAUAGGAAAACUGCUCAAACACAAACUUCAUCAUUGCCAUUAUAUGACAGAAAUAAUGACGAUAAUAUUUGGCUUAGCAGCCAAAUAUUACAUCGUGAUAUAACAUUUUAUGUUAUAAAUAAAUUAGAACCAGAAACAUCGUAUCUAAUUGAUCUACAAUUUCAAUCAAUCGAUCAAAUUAAUGCAAAUAUAAUAUCAUCGAAACCGAUUUUGAUUGAAACACCAUCACCAUCAUCAACAACAUUAACAACGGGUAUUGAUAAUUUUAAUUUUCAUAUUUUACCCGAUGAUGUUUCAAUCGAUAAUGGUCAUAUUAAUAUUGAACUGAAAAAUUUACCAAAACCAUUAAAUAAAUUUAUAAAUGUUGGCCGUAUUCAUUAUCAAAAUAUUAAAACUAUGGAUACAUUUUAUCAUUUUGUUAAUAUUGAUGAUGAUGAUAAUAAUGAAAAUGGAAAAAUAUCAUUUUCAAAUCUUUUACCAAAUACAAGAUAUAAAUUAUGGAUCGAUUUAUAUUUAACCAAUGGUCAAAUAAUUACAUCCAAUACUAUUGACCUUAUUACUAAACCUGGACUAAUUAUCCCAGUAUGGGAACCAACAACAAAUUUAGCAUUAGGUGAUAUUAUUGCUCGUGGUGUUAUUUAUUUUGUUAUACUUGUUUAUAUGUUUGUUGGUGUAUCGAUUGUUGCCGAUAAAUUUAUGGCUGCAAUCGAAGUUAUAACAUCACAAGAAAAACAAAUUACUAUAAAAAAACCAAAUCGUGAACCACAAAUAAUCAGUGUUCGUAUUUGGAAUGAAACUGUUUCCAAUUUAACAUUAAUGGCAUUAGGUUCAUCUGCACCGGAAAUUUUACUUUCAAUUAUUGAAGUUUAUGCUCAAGAUUAUCAAGCCGGUGAACUUGGACCCGGUACUAUUGUCGGUAGUGCAGCAUUCAAUAUGUUUGUUAUAAUUGGUAUUUGUGUAUCGGUUAUACCAAAUGGUGAAUAUAAAAAAAUAAAACAUUUACGUGUAUUUUUUGUUACAAUGAUAUGGAGUGUUUUUGCCUAUAUUUGGCUUUGUUUAAUAUUAACAUGGUCAUCAUAUGGAGUGAUUGAAAUUUGGGAAGGUUUAGUUACAUUUAUGAUGUUUCCAGCAACAGUAUUGACUGCAUAUAUUGCUGAUCGUCGUCUUUUAGUUUAUAAAUAUUUAUCAAAAAAAUAUCGUAUGAAUAAACGUGGUAUGAUUGUUGGUACUGAAGGUGAAGAUUUAGAAUUAUCACAAACAACUAAAAUACAUAAUCAUCAUUUAAAUGAUAAUAAUAAUGGUGUUUUUAAAACAUUUGAAGAAAUUGAUGAUGAAACAAGAGAAUUUGAAGAACAUCGACAAGAAUAUAUGCAAGUAUUACGUGAAAUAAGAAAAAAACAUCCAUCAGCAUCAAUGAAUGAAAUUGAAGUUUUAGCAAGAAAUGAAAUUAUGAAUCGUGGUCCAAAAAGUAGAGCAUUUUAUCGUUUACAAGCAACAAGAAAAUUAACCGGUGGAAAUGUUCUAAGCAAACGACGUGUUGAAAAGAAAAAAGAGAUAAAAAAAUCAACAAAAAAAUAUGAUAAUACAAUCAAAGUAUUUUUUGAUCCAGGUCAUUAUACAGUAAUGGAAAAUGUUGGUGAAUUUGCUGUAACCGUUUCACGUGAAGGUGAUAUUAAUCAUUCAAUUUGUGUUGAUUUUAAAACUGAAGAUGGUACAGCAAAUGCUGGUUCCGAUUAUGAAGCUGUUGAGGGUACACUUAUUUUUCGUAGUGGUGAAGCACAUAAACAGAUUUAUAUAACCGUAAUUGAUGAUGAUGUAUUUGAAGAAGAUGAACAUUUUUAUGUUAUACUAAGUAAUCCAAGAUUUUUAAGCCAUGAUAAUUUAAAUGGUAUCAAUCAAAGUGGUAGUGUUAGUGGUGGGGCUGGUGGUACUGGUGGUGGUAUUAGUUCGAAUCAAAAUUUACCAAAAUUACAGCUAAGUACACCAGCCGUUGCAACAGUUAUGAUAUUAGAUGAUGAUCAUUCGGGUGUAUUUUCAUUUUCGGAAGGACAAUAUGAAAUAUCUGAAUCAGUUGGUGAAUAUCAUUUAGAAGUUAGCCGUUAUAGUGGUGCAAGAGGAAAAGUUAUUUUACCAUAUAAAACAAUUGAAGGAACAGCAAAAGGUGGUAAUGAUUUUAUACAAACAUCUGGCCAUAUUAUAUUUGAAGAUAAUCAAACAUCACAAUAUAUUCCAAUCAACAUAAUGGACAAUGAAAGCUAUGAAAAAGAUGUAAUUUUCUAUGUUGAACUUGGUGAACCAAUUCGUGAAGAAGAUUUAAAUACAAAUAAUAAUGAUAAUCGUGAAGCACAAACAGCAGCCGAUGCUGAUGAAAUUGCAUUAUUAGGUAAACCAAAAUUAGGUGAACUUUAUAAAUGUCAAGUUUGUAUUCGUGAAAGUAAAGAAUUUAAGAGUAUGGUUGAUAAACUUAUUUCAAAAGCAAAUACAAGCAUAACAAUUGGAUCAUCAUCAUGGAAAGAACAAUUUAUUGAAGCAAUUACCGUUUCGGCAGGAGAUGAUGAUGAUGAUGAAGAAAAGAUGCCAUCCUGUUCCGAUUAUGUGAUGCAUUUUUUCACAUUAUUUUGGAAAUUAUUAUUUGCAUUCGUACCGCCAACAGAUUAUAUGAAUGGAUGGCUAUGUUUUGUUUGUUCGAUUCUGGUAAUUGGAAUUUUAACAGCAUUUAUUGGUGAUUUUGCAUCACAUUUUGGCUGUACAAGUGGAAUUAAAGAUACUGUUACAGCUAUUUCAUUUGUAGCAUUAGGAACUAGUGUUCCAGAUACAUUUGCCAGUAAAGUUGCUGCUCAAAAUGAUAAAUAUGCCGAUUCAUCAAUCGGUAAUGUUACUGGUAGUAAUGCUGUCAAUGUUUUUCUUGGCAUUGGUAUUGCAUGGACAUUGGCUGCAUUUGUUAAUGCAUAUAGAGGAACAGAAUUUCGUAUUGAUCCGGGUAGUUUAGCAUAUUCGGUUACAUUAUUCUGUGUAUCAGCUGCAUUCUGUUGCCUAAUAUUAAUGAUACGAAGAAGAGCUGGUGGUGAGCUCGGUGGACCACUUAUUUCAAAAACAUUGACAACAAUAUUAUUUGUCAGCAUUUGGUUAUUCUAUAUUCUAAUGUCAUGUUUAGAAGCAUAUGAAGUUAUUCCGGGUUUCUAGAUGAAAAAAAAGAAAUCAAAAUUUUCAAUUUCAAAGACUAAAACACAUUCAAUAUAUCAAGAAGACUACUGUUAUUGAAACGGCGGAUUAAAAU